AUGGUGGGGACCGUCACAACAGACCUCCCUCUGAGCAACGUGACUUCUGGAUACUUGGACUAUGAGGAAACUGAAUGCUUUGGACUGUCUCACGGAUUCAUGGUUUUUGCAGGUGUCUGUCUGGGGAUUUCUUUCUGCGGACUCGUGGGGAAUGGGAUAGUCAUGUGGUUCUUGGGCUUCCACAUGAAGCAGAACCCUUUCACCAUCUACAUCCUAAAUCUAGCUGUUGCUGACUUCUCUCUGCUCCUCCUGUUUUUUCUGCUCAUAUUGGCAGUGUUGAUCUUAGCAAGAAUUUGUUCGUAUUCGUAUAAUUUAAUUUAUUUAUACUUAGAUUUUUUAUUUGUAGUUGAAUUUCUGUGUCAUUUCUUUGACCUUAGCAGCUUGUGUCUCCUGACAGCAAUCAGCGUGGAGCGGUGUAUCUCUGUCUUCUAUCCGAUCUGGUAUCGCUGCCAACGCCCAAAGCACUUAUCAGGCUUUGUGAGUGGGGUGGUCUGGGCUCUUGCUGGAGUUUUUGUUUCCUCAAUGUAUCUUAGCUUUAACUUUGCUAAAAGCUCUGAGACAAUAUUUUCAGGUGUAGCCAUUGCAAUUUCCAUGACUUUGUCAUCAAUGAUGUUGAUUUCCAACCUGUCCCUGUUCAUCAAACUCCGAUGUGGCUCACGGAGACGACACCCGGGGAAACUCUAUGUUGCCAUCCUUCUCAACGUGAUCUUCUUCUUUGCCCUUGGUAUUCCUUUCAGUGCAGAGGUUUUCCUCAAUCUUCCAAGUUCGCACCAAUUAUUUCCUGAAAACACGUCUUUUUUGCUGGCAUCGUUGAACUGCAGCAUCAAUCCAGUUGUUUACUUUCUGGUGGGUUGCUGCCGGCAGCGCCGGCUCCGAGGCUCCGUGAAAGUCGCCUUCUGCCGAGUGUUUGAAGAGAAGGCGGUGAGCGAGGAGGAGAACCAUGUGCCUGAGGACACGAUGGUGGAGGCCACUGUAUAA